AUGGAGCAGGCCGAGUCCCGCAUUGAUGACAGGCUCCGCCAGCUCUGCUCACAAGCCGCAUCAGAGGUGAAAAAGCAAGAGCGUGAGCAGGAGCGGUCAAUGAACCAACUUCUUGAAGAGGCGAAGAGCUUGACACAAAAGCAGCAGUUGAUGCAGGCCGAGAACCAAGCCUUGAUGACGAUGCUAAGCUCAUGGACUGCACAGUUGCCACUUUGCCCUGAUGAAAAGCUUCAGGACAUGCCCAUGAACGCAUCCGGUGGCAGCACCCCAUCCACCGCUACUUCUGAGACCUCCACGGGCUCUGCUGCUAGCUCUAAUGGAAGUCCGGUGACCGGAAAAAUAGCGAACAGCACUACUUCAAUGCCGGAGAUUCCACCCUUCCCAUACCCGUUUGGCGUCUACAACGGCCCUUUCCUGAAUGGCCCUUUUCCAAAUGCAUCUCAAUCCUGGGCACCUACAGCAGUGUCGCUGGCCGAUGCACUUGGUAUUGCUCCAAAACAACAAGUGGAAGAGACAGAAGAUGAAGAACCAGAUGCUUUUGUCUUCAAGCUCACUCUGCGCGUGGCAGAUGAUGGUGACCUGGGUCUUCGCUUCAGCAGGAAGGGAGAGGUGUUGCGCAUCGACAGCGUGCAGUCAGGUGCAGCAGAAUCCUGGAAUCGCCAGUGCAGCAGCGGCACGCUUGAUCGCAUUUUGAGGCCUGGAGAUCUUGUGAUCUCUGUGAAUGAGGAGUCUGACCCGGAAGCCAUGAUGGAGGAAUGCAAACGCAUGUUGGUGAAGCUUCGCAUCCUGCGCUUGGGUUCUGAGAAUAAGAAUGCCAAGGCUGCCAAGCCUCAGGAAGCUGGCAAGCCAUGGGCAUCUCAGAUGCAAUAUCCCUUGACCUUUCCUACUGGACUUGGUUACGGGAAUCCUGGUGAUUGGACAUUUCCCUGGGCAUAG